CUCAACCAUCACAGUCACUCGCUCUGUCUCUCUCCUCCUCCCUCCUGGCUGCCAUUGCUUGGGCAGCAGGCUCCUCCUUCACAUCUUCUUCAUUACUUCGUUACUUGUAAUCGCCCUCGCCGUCAUUUCCUUUGGUUAAUUCAGUCAAUAUGCGUCAUCGCCAAUAACCAAAACCAAGCUCUGCCUCCUCCUCUGACAGCGAUAGAUCAGACAUCGAGAGCUGCUUUGACACAGGGGAUGAGCAAGAGGGGACCGACGCUGAGACCGAGCCGACGGACGUUAAUACUAAUAUGGAUAGAGACGACGAUACAGACCUGCCAGAUCUGGAGUGGCUCGCUAGAGAGCAGAACGCCCAUCCGCUAGAGUAUUACCUCGACCAAGAGAAUAACUCCAACGAAUCCGAGGAUAAAGAUAAGGACUAUAGUAAUGGUAGUCUCCUCCUACUAGAUAUAAUCGAGGGAAAUUUCUAUUAGGUAUUGCAAGUAUAUACGAAAGGAUCCUGCCCAGGGGAAGGGUAGGAGAAGGCUUACAGGUAUCUAGUCGGCCAGUACGCUCGGGACAUACUGGAAAGUCUUCCGGCUUAUAUAUAAACGAGCGACUAGAGAGAAAAUUAAGGGGAAAAUAAACCAUUAUAUAUACCGGGUCCUCAAGAAGCUAGUAAAGAAGUACUACCUUUUAAUAAAGAAAUACGAUAAUAUUAUAAUAUAUAUCAAG